UCCAUGCGGUUAGGUUAUAAACGCCAAAUUUAGCACGCCGGUUUCACAGUUUCUUUUCGGUUCACGCGGUAUCAGACGAGUGUUGCACAAAUCGGCUCAAUUCUAAUUUCGUGCGCUAAGCUAAGAACAGUUCGUGUGAAAAAAUGUCCAAACCACAGUAUAAAGUAGCCGACAUUUCGCUGGCCGAAUUCGGACGUAAGGAAAUCAUUCUCGCUGAGAACGAAAUGCCCGGUCUGAUGGCGUGCCGCACGAAGUACGGUCCGCUCAAGAUCCUCAAGGGUGCCCGGAUUGCCGGAUGUCUUCACAUGACCAUCCAGACGGCGGUGCUGAUCGAAACACUGCUGGAGCUAGGCGCGGAGGUGCAGUGGAGCAGUUGCAACAUAUUCAGCACCCAGGAUCACGCCGCUGCGGCCAUGGCAAAGGCGGGUGUUCCGGUGUACGCCUGGAAGGGUGAGACGGACGAGGAGUACAUGUGGUGCAUUCGACAGACGCUCAUCUUCCCGGAUGGCAAGCCGUUGAACAUGAUUCUUGACGAUGGUGGCGAUUUGACCAACCUGGUGCACGCAGAGCAUCCGGAGCUGCUGAAAGAAAUCCGCGGAUUGAGCGAGGAGACGACCACCGGUGUGCACAAUCUGUACAAAAUGUUCCGCGAGGGUCGCCUCGGUAUGCCGGCGAUCAACGUGAACGAUUCGGUUACGAAGAGCAAGUUCGACAAUCUGUACGGCUGCCGGGAGUCGCUGCUGGACGGUAUUAAGCGCGCGACGGAUGUUAUGAUUGCGGGCAAGGUGUGUGUGGUCGCCGGAUACGGAGAUGUGGGCAAAGGUUGCGCCCAAGCGCUCCGUGGUUCCGGAGGUCGCGUGCUUGUGACAGAGAUUGAUCCCAUCAAUGCAUUGCAAGCGGCCAUGGAAGGAUUCGAGGUGACGACGAUGGAGGAGGCCAGUAAGGAGGCACAGAUCUUUGUCACCACGACCGGCUGCACAGACAUCAUCAUGGGCGAACACUUCCUCAACAUGAAGGACGAUUCGAUUGUGUGCAACAUUGGUCACUUUGAUUGUGAAGUGAACGUAGCCUGGCUCGAGCAGAACGCAAAGGAGAAGGUUAACAUUAAACCGCAGGUUGAUCGGUACCUACUGCCGAGCGGGAAUCACGUGAUCCUGCUGGCGGAGGGCCGUUUGGUGAACCUCGGUUGUGCCAUGGGCCACCCAAGCUUCGUCAUGUCGAACUCGUUCACCAACCAGGUGCUGGCGCAGAUUGAACUGUGGACAAACCGGGAGAAGUACGAAAUCGGUGUGCAUGUGCUGCCGAAGAAGCUGGACGAGGAGGUAGCCGCACUGCACCUGGAAAAGCUUGGCGUUAAGCUGACCAAACUGACGCCCAAGCAGUCGGAGUACCUGAACUUGCCUGCCGAAGGACCAUACAAACCGGAACACUAUCGUUAUUAGGCGCGUGCAUUUCUAGUUUGCUAUCAAUUUCAAUGUUUUUGUAACCACUUCAUGUCCAUCAAUUGAGCCAACAAAAUAGAUAACUUCAACUAACUGAUCUUUUUGGUACGUGAAAAAUAUGUUUCAGUUCAGGCAAGACUCAAUCGAAGUAAGCUGAAGCAUUUCGUGAUUGCCAUGGUGCCACUAAAGUGCAUUUUGUAUGCCGUUAUGCUAAUGUAGCAAUAAAACAGUUACUUUUCAUGCCUGUCACGAUCAAGUGAUCGCGGACCAUUAAAACUUGCAUUAGUGUUUUAAUUUCAAAAUAAAAAUAUGUAACCGUGUAA